CUUUUAAACUGUUUUUGAUUCCUCAUGCAGCAUUGGAAGUGGAUUUGGUCAAACGGUUGGAUUUGACCCAGUUUGGCUAAGCAUUCAGAGGGAAUGAACGUAAUAGGACCUGCCUGGAAAUUUCACCCUGGACUGACCCUUCUACACAGCAAGUGAGAGAGGCUGCAAUAGAGAGCGCCAUACGUUCAAAGUCCUGCCUUACGCUGAGCUCUCCAGACCCGGUAGAGCCUACAACAAAACAGUCCAGGGGGAUGCCAGGCCUGUGACACACUACUUUGAGAUAAACAGGGUACAUUUUUUUUUCAGCGCUCACAGCAGAUUCCAUUUCCUUUACUCCCUUCUUCUGGAUUUUUUUUUCAUCCCUCCUUUCCCUUCUUUCCAGCUGUGGCUGCAGAAACUGCUCUUUAAUAGCUUCCAGACCCACCAUGUCCUCUCCGGCAUCUCCUGCGCCAUCCUGUUGCAGUGUUCUGUCUUUACUAGCUGCGAUGUUCCAUCUGCUCCAGACUCCUGAAACUUCUAGAAGAGACGGAACACUACUUCUAGUUGGAAUGAUAAUCCUGUACUUGGUGUUUCAUUCUAUUAUAUAAAUAAUACCCCGGUGAAUCAUUACGAUGAAGAAAGCCAAGAGACAUGGGUUUCAUUUGGUAACUUUUCUGACUGCUCUUCUUUGGCGAUGGCCGGAAACACAGAGCCUGGAGAUCUCUCCCAGCGCCACGGAGGUGGUCCUGACCGCCAACGCCUCGGUCUCCAUCACGUGCUCCGGCUGGAGUGAGGUGAACUGGAGGACGCGGCCCGAACUCGACGUGAGCGGGAUCCACGUGGAAAACGGGACCACCUCCAGCGUCCUGACUCUGAAGAACGUGGCGUGGAACCACACGGGCGUGUACGUCUGCGAAGAGCCCGCGUCGGACGAGGCCGUGGAGGUGUCCAUUUUUGUGCCAGACAAGGACGUCUGGUUCAUUCAGUAUGAACACAGGGUGGUGAUGAAGAUCGGCAAUGAGGGUACCAUCCCCUGCACCGUCACUGACCCCCAAAUUAACGUCACUCUCCACGAGAGGUACAGCGACAUCCCGCUGCAGGGGACCUACCACCCCGGGAAAGGGUUCACUGCUGCCCUGAAAGACACCACCUACAUCUGCAGAGGAGUUCUGGAAGGAGAGACGCGGGAGUCCCAGGCCUUCUAUGUCUACAGCCUUGUGGUUCCAGAGACGGUUGACGCCUUCAUCAACGCCUCAAAGACCGUACUGAAGCAAGGGGAAUCCCUCACUGUCAACUGCACUGUCAAAGGGGCAGACAUUGUUUUCUUCAACUGGGACUAUCCGCGGAAAACGGCAGGAGAGCAGAUCGAGCCGCUGACAGACUUCCUUCCCGGCCGGGAGAAGAGCCUGCGGUCCUGCCUGAUCAUCCCCAACGUGACUCAGGGGGACUCGGGCCGCUACGUGUGCCGGGUCCAGGAGUCGCUCCAGGGCCAGUCCGCCACAGACAGCAUCUCCAUCACGGUCCUGAACCGAGGCUUCGUGGAGGCCAGCUCCACCUUUGAGGGGAACGUAUCUGUGCAGCUCCACGAAAGCAUAGAGAUCAGGGUGGAGAUACAGGCCUACCCCAAGCCUCAGGUCCUCUGGAUGAAGGACAAUGCCACCCUGGAGACGCUCGACGGGGACUUGGUGUCUGUCGAAACCAAAUAUGUGCAGGACUCCAGCUACCUCAGCACUUUGACCCUGAUCAGAGUCAAGCGGCAACAGAGAGGUCUCUACACCAUUCAAAUCUCCAAUGACGAUUAUGCCAAGGAACUCAUGUUUGAUAUAGAGGUCAAAGUGCCCCCUGUGAUCCUCGAGGUGUCCGACCAGCAGCUGUCGGGGAAGAGACUCGCCGUGACGUGCGUCUCGGAGGGGGUCCCUGCCCCAGAGAUACUGUGGUACAGCUGUGACAACACGCAAAAAUGCAACAAUAAAAGUGUGAUCUGGCUCCCCCUGGUGGCCACCCCUGAGAACGUCAGCAUUCUGACGAACGUGAGCUACAGAGAGUCUCUCGAUGUCCACCGAGUGCAGAGCGUGCUCACAUUCCAGAGGCUGCAGGGGACUGUCACCGUGCGCUGCGAGGCCCGAAAUGAGAGAGGACGCCGGGCUAGGGACAUCAGACUGGUCUCAAACACUCUUUUCUCUCAGGUGGCAGUACUGGCCACAGUCUUAUCGCUGGUGGUCCUCGCUGUGAUCUUCAUCAUCAUCCUCAUCGCAGUCUGGAGGAAGAAGCCACGCUAUGAAGUCCGGUGGAAGGUCAUCGAGUCAGUGGGCUCCAAUGGCCAUGAGUACAUCUAUGUAGACCCUGUACACCUUCCGUAUGACACAGCAUGGGAGGUUCCCCGAGACAGCCUCAUUUUGGGUCGUACUCUGGGUUCCGGGGCGUUUGGCAGGGUCGUCGAGGCAACAGCGUAUGGCCUUAGUCAUUCUCAGGCCAGCAGUAAAGUCGCUGUGAAAAUGCUCAAAUCGACGGCGAGCAGAAGCGAAACCCAGGCCCUGAUGUCAGAGCUGAAGAUUAUGAGUCAUCUGGGGCCCCACCUCAACAUUGUGAACUUAUUGGGAGCCUGCACAAAGCCAGGUCCGAUAUACCUGAUCACUGAGUUCUGUCGCUAUGGAGACCUGGUGGACUACCUGCAUAGGAACAAGCAUACCUUCCUGCAGUGCCAAGCGGACAAAAACCGCAGAUAUACAGACGUUAGCCAGAGCAAUGGCAACAGUGCUAACUGUGCAUCGGACGGCCAGGGACAAAGGCAAGACCUCCGCUCUGACCCUGGUGACGUGUCUCUCAGCGAGUGUGAUGGAGGGUACAUGGACAUGAGACAGGAGGACAGUAUGGAGUACGUGGCCAUGCAGGAGCUGACCCCGAACAUCAGAUACGCUGAGCUGGAGCCUUCAGUCUAUGAGACUCCUUACCAGCAGGAUAACCCCGACAGCCAAGAUGUAGGGAAAGCAGAGGAGGCCUUGGUGAUCAGCGACUCCCCCAUCCUCAGCUAUUCAGACCUGGUGGGCUUCAGUUACCAAGUGGCCAAAGGGAUGGACUUCCUGGCAUCAAAAAAUUGCAUCCAUCGUGAUUUAGCGGCUAGGAACAUUCUCAUCGGGGAGGGAAAGUUGGUGAAGAUCUGUGAUUUCGGGCUGGCCCGGGACAUCAUGAACGACUCCAACUACAUCUCCAAAGGCAGCACAUUCCUGCCUCUGAAAUGGAUGGCUCCGGAGAGCAUCUUCCACAACCUGUACACGACUCUGAGUGACGUCUGGUCCUUCGGCAUCCUGCUCUGGGAGAUCUUCACUCUGGGGGGAACACCAUACCCUGACAUCCCCAUGAACGAGCUGUUCUACAGUGCUCUGAAGAGGGGCUACAGGAUGCCAAAGCCCCCCCAUGCUGCAGAAGAAAUUUAUGAUAUUAUGCAGAAAUGCUGGGCGGAGAAAUAUGACAGAAGACCAGAGUUUUCCUUCCUUGCUCAUGCCAUUGGGGACAUGUUGACUGAGUGCUAUAGAAAGAAAUACGCUCAGGUGAACGAGCGCUUCUUUAACAGCGACCACCCGGCUGUGGUUCGUGCAAAUCCGCGUCAGCCUGUGCUGGUGACAUCAUCACAGUGCGACUCAGGUGUGGACAUUGCCCAGGCCGAGCAGGAGGUGGAAGAAGAAGCGGAGGCGUCCGCUGCUGAUUACAUCAUCCCCAUCCCUGACCUCCGUCCUGAACCGGAGGAGAGCCGCGAGGUGGUAGACGUCCUUGCAGAAGGCCCCGCCAGCGGUGACUCCCAGGAUCCCGAGGAGAGCAGUGAUUCGGUCCCGCAGGAGAUCCCAGCUGAAGCCCCGAAAGACGAAGCAGAUCUCUGCCCCGCCCAGGAAGUGACAACACCAGACAAGCCAGGGACAUCUGAAGCAGAAGACAGCUUCCUGUAGGAGCUGAGGAGGACAGGGACAUACAUACAUCCCUUCAUUUACAGAGUGUAUGUCUACGUCUACUACAGGGGAAAAUGUAUAUGGCCCUUAUAGAUUGCAGAUACAAGGAUCAGGGGCACACCCAAUAUUUAAUUGUGUUAAGACAUGCAGCAAAAUUAAGCCAUCUGGAAAAAAGUAGAAAUUGUUCAGCCAAUUAACCCACCUAUAUUAAUGAUUUGCAAUAGAUGAUGAGCCAUGAAAUAUAGUACAUUUUAGUUGACAGAAAUAUUGCAAUAUACAGCAUUUAUUCAUUAAAAAUGUAUAUCAUGACAUAUAGCUGAAAAUAAAUAUUUGUGUUUGGUUUAGAAUCAGUGGGCCAUCUAAAAUUUGUGGAGCGAAACCAUGUUAUCUGUACCUUAAUCCUGGGAAUGUGAUCCUGGAAUAUGACACUCCUUUGCUGCAGAGGGUGUCUAUGGAAAUGGAGCUGGGUUCAGGUCCAAAAGAUCUUGAUGGGUGUGCUUGAUGCAUACCCGAAGCAGAAGGUCUAGAUUUUGAUUUAUUUCAAUGCCAGUGCGUUUACCUGUUUGAAAAAUGGCAUUUCAAUGUAAUUUUUGGGAGUAUUGUAGAUCUUACAGUAUGAUUUGACUAUAAAUUAGGCAUUACUUGUCUAUACAGUAGCUGUAGGUAAUAUACUGCAUUUUGUAUUCUGUCUUCAAUGACAUUUGUUGAUAGUUUGAGCUUCAAAUGAAGUGAUUAAAGUUAUUAACACCAAACUCUAAGCACUUUGUGCUGUCAUAGAAAUGGCAUAUUAACAGACAUGAUUUACUGUAUAUUUAUAGUCAUCAGGUCUAAUGUUUUGUAGUGUAUAUGUAUAUGUACAGAGUGUCGGUCUGUCCACAGUGUUUGAAGGAAUAAAACUCAGUUUUGUCUGUUGGAGAAAAAAAGGUACCAUAUAACUACAUGCAUUUUUAACUUGACCAGAAGACCUAAAAGACCUAAAAGCUAUACGUAUAACUGACUUUCCCAUUCAUUUAUUCAGGUGUCAAAAGCGUGAAAAAGUGAGAUAACUUCUGAAACCCCCACAUUACAUUUCUUGUCACUGGUGUUACUCUCAAAAAUAAUAGAUUUUAUUGUGCUACAAUACAAUUCAAUACAAAUAAAAUAUAUAAAAAAGAUAUAUUUUCACUGCAACAUGUUUUUGCCAUCCAAGUUUUUGUAAAUUAAAAAAAAAAAAAAAAAAAACUUUAUGCUGGCUCUCAGGAGAAUAAAUAUAAAUGGAUCUCCUGUAAUUACAAGGCCUGCUGCUUUCUACGAAAAACAGCCACUGCAUGCUGAUUGGUCAGGUGUAUAUCCCGCUGCUUUUGAUUGACACUUGUGUAUAGAUCAUUAUAAAUGUCCAUCAUCUUUUCAGCUAUGUUUGUCAAGUGAUAUGUUUUUCAAUCUGACAGCAUUAUGUUUGGACAGGAAGGGAGGCUAACUCUCUGUCUGAUUUAGUGAGCCGAUCCUGGAGUAGAACUCUUUACUACUAGGAACUGAAUAUGGCAAUCAAAGCACCUACAGCCAGUAUAAACUACUUUAAAAGCUAUUGCAUUAAACAUACACAGUAUAGCAGCUGUCAAUGUAUUGAAACAUAUGAAUAACUUAGUAACAUGCAUACAUAGACUGUAUAUAAAAAAUAAAUAAAAAAAUCAAAUAUAUUUUCUAAAUGUUUUCUACAUAUCACAGCCAAGCAAUAGUAUACAUUUAUUAUCAGUUAAUGAAAUGAAUCACAAGCAGUUUUCUCAGCAAAAUGUGAGAUAAGAAUACUAUGUGCUAAACUGUUAAAAUACAGCAAAAGCAACCUCUGUCCUGACCUAUCAUGACUUUUCAUGAUUAUCAAAUUAGAUAUAAUUUACAAAACACAAUUUAGCAAACGUGCACUUUAUUAAAAGUUUCCAGGGGAGAAUAUUGAUCCAAGGAGAAAUUAUUGCCUGCAUAUGAAGAGCAAUAUGUAAUGGUACUAACAAUAGAAAAUAAUAUUAGUCUGAUAAUACAAACCAUCAUUACUACCAUCUGCUUGUCAAUAUGUUGUAAUUUUAUUGGAAAUCUCUACUACUCCCACACUUUUUUAAAGGAGUUUUUGAAGUGUUUUCCAUAGUUUUUCAUUUGUAAAUAUGAUGGCUGAGAUUAAUUUGCUGUUAAUUUGCCUUACACAGUAAGAUGCAAAGACGUUUUCUUCACAAACACUGUUUGGAAGCUUGGGAAAGUUCAGCAAUGAAGAAACUGAACUUUCAAACUGUUUUUGACAAACAUUUGAGUCCACGUUAAAGAAAAAUAUGAAUCUUGAGCAGAAUGAUCAUUCUUACAAAAGUGUUGCCUUUUCUGAAGGAUAAUGUCGGGAAAGCAGUUUGAAAGACACACGUCUCUGGUGAUAGGGAAGCGUUGUGUCAGGACUGAUUCGGUGUGUUAUCUGUUGCUUCUGACUCAUCCUGAGGUGGUUGUGUUAAGACUUCUCUGGAGUGGAGAUACGUUUCUGCCUCCCAGAUCCCUGUUGCGUCUGCCGCGAUGUUUGUCUCCGCUCCUGGAGAGCGGCGAUGGGACAAACAGGAGCUUAUUCCUGCAGGUGCACCAGGUGUGCAAGAUCCUGCCAGUUAGUUGUACAAGUUGUAUUGAAAAUUCCAAGGAAAGUUAAAUGUGGGAACAGUGAUGCUUUCUCAAAGCUUUUUCAUUUAAAAUUUGGAACAAAGUGCAGUACCAUAGCUGUCCUUAUGAAUACACCCAUUGUUCUUUAGAUUAAUGAACGUUGUAUAAUUGUUGUAUGUUAAUUUUAAUUUUGGUACCAAAGCUUUUUGAAUGUGUUUGCAGGUAUACUGUGUAUGCAUAUUGUAUGAUAUCUAUGUUUUUUCUAUAUAUAUCUCUGAGACAUUUUUGAUAAUAAAGACUUAUUACCUCUA